AUGAGGGGAGAAUGUGAUGCUACAUCAAAUAUGCUCUUUUAUCGCGCCUUUUGGCAUCGUCUUUGCGGCUUCCCCGGGCCAUUUCUUGCCAGGCUUUCGAAUUUCUACGUGACCUCACUUUCUGCCAAGAGACUACAUCUCUACGAGGAGGUUCAAAAGCUGCAUCAGCAGUAUGGCGAUUAUGUUCGAUUAGGUCCAACUGAACUCUCGAUUGCCGAUCCUCAAGCCGUAAAAGCCCUCUACAGUGGCCAGGCCAAAGUGACCAAAGGACCAUGGUAUACCGUGUUGGAGCCCCGAGUAUCUCUCCAAAUGUCGAGAGACAAAAAAGAACACGCACGCCGCAGAAAGGUGUGGGAUCAGGGCUUUAGUUCCAAAGCUGUCCGCAAGAAUGUUGGCAAACCGAUGGAUAUGGCGAAGUGGUUCAAUUACUACAGCUUCGAUGUCAUGGGCGAUCUGUCCUUUGGAAAAUCCUUUAACAUGCUGGCUGGAGGGCAAGAUACGUACUUCUCGACUCAGCUGCAUGCAGAUAUGAAGAGUAUUGGUCUGUUUAGCCACCUGACAUGGCUAUUUCCGUUUUUCAAAAGAAUCCCUAUUCUCAAUAAGGAUUACCUCAAGUUCUGGGAUUGGGUUGGAGGCAGGGUGGAGGAGAGAAUUAAAACUAAUAUGUGUAGUGAUACUACUGCUGCCACCUUGACUAAUCUGUUCUUCCAUCUCGCGGCCGACCACACCUGGCAAGCAAAGCUCCAGGAAGAACUAGACGCAUUGCCUGAUUUGACCCAGGAGAAAGUGACAAAUGUUAAGUUACUGGACGCACUUAUCAAUGAAACCCUGCGGUUGCAUCCUGCUGUGCCAUCCGGUACCCAACGAUUGACUCCUCCGGAGGGUCUCCAGAUCGGUGAUAAGUAUAUACCUGGUGAUGUGAUGGUGUGCAUACCGACGCACACAUUAUUUCGAGACGAACGAGCCUUUGUCCGGCCGGACGAAUUCCUUCCUCAGAGAUGGAUGACACAGCCGGAGCUCGUAAAAGACGCGUCCGUCUUCAUCCCAUUUAAUGCGGGUCCGUAUUCCUGCGUUGGGAAGCAACUUGCCCUGAUGGAGCUCCGUCGUGUGACUGCCGAGAUAUUGACGAGAUAUGAUGUUGAAUUUGCCCAAGGGCAAACAACUGAGGAUUUCCUGGAUGGUAAGAGAGAUACAUUUACUCUGGUAACUGCGCCUUUGAAGUUGGUAUUCCGUGAGAGGUGA